GGAGCCUCUAGCCUUGAGGUGAGUUUUGUUCCAGCGGUUACAUGAUAGCCUGCACCUGGAAGAGCAGCCUGCCUCCUCUUCUGUCGGCCUGUCUACCGUAAUGAAAAAUUCCGUGGCCAUGGAAGCCACCAGGAGAAGAGCCCAGCACGGUGCCAAUGGGAAGUCCAGUGAAGAGGAGGGGCAGUCUGCACAGUGGGGGAGAGCAUGGGAGGUUGACUGGUUUUCCCUGAGCAGUGUCAUAGGCCUCCUCUGCUUCGCCCCUUUCAUCGUCUUCUACUUUGUGAUGGCCUGUGAUCAGUACCAGUGCUCCGUCAGCCAGCCUCUGAUUGAGUUAUACCAAGGAGAGACCACCCUGCUCUCCAUCUGGUCCCGAGCGCCCUCCUUCACCUGGUCAGCUGCAAAGAUCUACGCCAUCUGGGUGUCCUUCCAGGUGUUCCUGUAUAUGUGUGUUCCUGACAUUACACACAAGUUUAUUCCUGGCUAUGUCGGUGGAGUGCAGGAUGGAGCACGAACGCCUGCUGGCUUGAUUAACAAGUAUGAGGUGAAUGGGCUGCAGUGCUGGCUGAUCACUCAUGCUCUGUGGUACGCCAACGCCCAAUACUUCCACUGGUUUUCCCCCACCAUCAUCUUUGACAACUGGAUCCCUCUGAUGUGGUGUGCUAACAUACUGGGCUACGCUGUGUCCACCUAUGCUUUCACAAAGGCCUACCUUUUCCCCACGUGCGCUGAAGACUGCAAGUUCACAGGGAACGUCUUCUACAACUACAUGAUGGGCAUCGAGUUCAACCCACGUGUCGGGAAGUGGUUCGACUUCAAGCUUUUCUUCAACGGCCGGCCCGGCAUCGUAGCCUGGACUCUGAUCAAUCUGUCAUACAUGGCCAAGCAGCAAGAACUGUACGGUCACGUGACCAACUCCAUGAUCCUGGUCAACGUCCUGCAGGGCCUCUAUGUAUUGGAUUUCUUCUGGAAUGAGGCGUGGUACCUGAAGACUAUUGAUAUCUGCCACGACCACUUCGGAUGGUAUCUGGGUUGGGGAGACUGUGUGUGGCUGCCAUACCUCUACACACUGCAGGGUCUGUACCUGGUGUACCACCCGGUGGAGCUCUCCAGCGUCCAUGCCCUCGCCGUGCUGUCGCUCGGCCUCGUUGGGUAUUACAUUUUCCGCUCCACCAACCACCAGAAGGAUCUGUUCCGCCGCACCGAGGGCUCCUGCUCCAUCUGGGGCAGUAAGCCAACGUACAUCGAGUGCUCGUACCACUCCGGUGACGGCGGCCUCCACCACAGCAAACUGAUGACCUCAGGUUUCUGGGGGUUGGCCCGGCACCUCAACUACACCGGGGACCUGAUGGGCUCCCUGGCUUACUGUGCCGCCUGCGGCUUCGGACACAUCCUCCCGUACUUCUACAUAGUUUACAUGACCAUCCUGCUGGUGCACCGCUGUGUGCGCGACGAGCACCGCUGCAGCAGCAAGUACGGAAAGGAUUGGAAGCGUUACACUGAUGUUGUGCCGCGCCGACUCAUUCCUGGGGUGUUUUAGAGAGGGGUCAGCAAAAGGGGAGGCAGGACCCACAGGGGUAGGGGCUACAUAGAUUCAAACAUUGGAAUGUAUUGUGUGUUUUAUAUAUGUCUAGAAGAUAACAUACUGAACAUUUUACACUACAUUUUGUACAUUCCAAUAAUAUGUUUUUGUAAAUAAGAGCUGGACACACUCUUUAAGAAAUAUGCAGGUACAGACAUUUAAGUGCUCUUUUUUUCCUGCUUCUUAAAGGCAGUUUGAUACACCAGUAUGCUGCUUCCGUUAUGAUGUGAUCAUUUAACAUACUUAAAAACUAUUUCAAUAACAAUACAAUAUAUAUUUUGGAGCUAGUAAGACCAAGCACAUCUUAAACCACCCAAAGCCAAUAUCAGGAAGAGAAGGAGUCAGUUCUCUAACACACAACAUUCUGUGACAUUCCCAUAAUGCACUUUGCCAUUUUGAUAAUCAUUUAUCAAGACACAACAUGGCUGAUUAUGCUUUCUCAAAUAUGAGAAUUUGAAGUUUCUCUGUUUUAUAUCUUUGUGAGUUUAAAACCUUUUUGUUCCCUUGUCUGCUGCUCAUAAUCAUAAUCAAUGAUGAUGAUGUCACUUAGCUCAGGUAGCCAUGAUGGGGGCUUUUUAUCUCACCAAGUCAUUUCAAAUGAAAGAGAAAAAAAUGUAUUCAUCAAUAUAGACAAUAAUAUUUUGUUGCUGUCGAAGGGAUUAAUGGACCAAUGGGAUUAAGGGUUUCUCUGGCCUGUCUCUUUAAAAAGUGUCAUCUCUGUGUCGGAUUGGUUUUGUGUGUGUCAAAACAUCAUAUGUGUGCUGUUUGAUAUUAUUUCCGUAUGCCAGCACUGCCUUUCCUAUAGCAACAUAAUUCACUUCAAAAGGUUGAUAUUUGGUUGAUUUAUUCUGUAUGAAUACAAGCAAAUAAAAAAGGAUUCAAGAUA